AUGCGCAUGUUCAAAAAAUGCGUACCGCGCAGACCAGUCUGCGCAUCGGACGGUACAGUGUAUCUAAGCCAUUGUCAUAUGCACAGUACAGCUUGUAGCACAAAACAGAGGCUCACACAAAUGCCAUCUAAUUUCUGUACCAAACUCGGCAAUGAUGAACGAAACUGGACGAAGAAAAAAAGUAUUCUGUCGAGCUACAAACAAAAAAACAAUUCCUUAGCUACUCCAGAAAAUGUUCAGUCCGUCCUGGUGCUUCCUAGUUUAAAACCGGGAGACCUAACCAAUUUACUAAAUGAAAUUGAAGAUCAUUACUAUGGACGCGACGAAUGUUCUAUGCAGGAGUACGAAGUUAUGAAGGACAAUCUUUUGCUGUACAAUCAUGCUAAGUUGAUGGCAGAUAACCAAAGCAAAGAUUUUCUAUUGUCUAUGAUGUUUUCUCACUACGACAAGAACAAUGAUGGUCAUCUCGAAAAGCAAGAACUGGAACAGGUUAGCAAAGAAGAUCAAGAUUUAACUAAUGUCAUCAAUCUUACCAGCGGAUGUUCAUUGGCCAGUAUGAUUGACUUUGACGAUACAGAUGAAGAUAAAAAACUAAACAUAAACGAAUUUUCUCUGGCUUUUAGUAAAUUAUAUAGUGUUUCAGUCGUAACACUGGAUAAAGCCCUCGAAAUCAACCAAAUCUCGGCACGUUUAGGAGAUAACGUCGAGCUACACUGCGCCGUCACUGGUUCACCGAUCCCACCCGUUCAGUGGCGCAGGCACGGGCAAGAUUUAGCAGCUCUAGACCAAGACGACGUAAGGGUUUAUGGUGACGGUAGUCUCUACCUAACCAAAGUUCAGCUACAACACGCGGGGAAUUACACUUGCAGUGCUCAGAGAAAUCCCCAUGUAGUGCAAACUCACGUAUUAACUGUUCAUACUGCUCCUGAAGUUCAUGUAAUGCCAAAAAUUCAAUCAAAACGACCCGGAGAGGAUGCCCAAAUGUUCUGUCAUGUGUCUGGUGAGCCAUUUCCACAAGUACAAUGGUUAAAGAACGAUGAGCAACUUAAAAUUGACGAGACAAAAAAAUUUCAAAUAGUGGGAAACGGGACAUCGCUAAAGAUUAGAAAAAUAGAUUUUGCUGAUACUGGAGCUUACAUGUGCCAAGCUACCAACACAGGAGGAUUAACAAGAGAUAUUAGUUCUCUAGUGGUUCAAGACCAACCCACUGCACAAAGUCCUACCAAUGAAGAACACAGAUUCUUUGCAUUCCACGAAUGGGGUAUUUCGGUAUAUGAGCCCACGACUUGUAGGCUGCAUCAUCAUAUCUUAGGCACAGACAUCAUUCCAGGGACUCAGGACUAUGUAUGUGGAAGUCAAGGCAUCCAAUGCUCAUGGGGCCGAGCCGUAUCAAUUUCCAAUCGCUACAUCUACGCUUCUCAGCCUAAUCUAGAUCGUAUUUUGGUGGUGUCCACCGUUCAAAUGGCAGUAGUUGAUGUAGUGGGCACGGACAAAGUACCCGUCGAACUAGAGAAAGUGCUUCAUUUAGAUCAGUUGUGGCUCCUCAGCUGGAGAAACAAGAGUGAUACUGGGAUUAAAACAGUUCAGAUAAUCAGAGAUGCGGGGCAAAAGAGGAAACAUCACACCGUCCAUCCUGAACCCAUUGAUGGUCAGUUCGAUAUGGUUACUGGGCUGUUUUUACCUUCACCUUUCCAGGAAAUAUCACACUACACUUUUAAAUACGGAUAUGUGACACAUACCAAUCAAAGAGGAUUAUACAAAUUAGACUUAGAAAAUCUGAGAUACACAAGAUCAGUAGACCUAGCACCUUACAACUGCGUACCUGAAGAAAUAAAGUUCUCCGCGCUGUAUGGAUUUGUAUUUAUGGAAUGUCGUGAACCGAUAACCAAAAAGCCCACAGGACAACUCAUACUGGACUACUUAACAGACGCUGUUAUUUCAACGGUACCAACCCUAUUUGGCAAACCCUACCUAUCACCUGAUUCCCGUAAGCUGGUUACUUUCGAUAGAGCAAAAGCUGGAGCAACGUUAAUAGUACAAGAGAUUACAG